UUAAAAAAUCUCAAGGUUUUCUGUGCAAAACCGAAGAUGGCGACAGUCUAAACGAGACUAUCAAGGAGGGAGAAGAUGAGAGGCAAAUGUAGCUUUUUUUUCACCAGAAACGGAAGAAAAAAUAAGUCAUUGUGUCAUGUUUGAGGAUGACAGAUAUAGAAUAAAGAUUUCGUUUUUGUACAUACUAUGCGUUUCUUGUGUGAUGCUGCACCGGUGCUGGAGGUGUCAGUAGGAUUUCGCAAAAUGUUACAAUUUUGGGUGUAUAGGGAAUAUUAUGCCGGACGUUAUCUAUUUGCGAUGGCUCAUUGUAAAAAUUAGACGCCAGGGUUUGGAGCUGGAUUGAUUUCUUGACACAACAACUUGGGGAAAAUUCUUCCCAUCACCAUGUUGCAAACGAGGUAGGUGACAUUGUUUGGGGGAUAGCCUAUAUUGCAGAGGUGAAAAACCCAUCUGAGAUCGCUUUUGUCUCCCCCCUAAAAUAUGAUCAGGGGUGCUUGGAUGUUUCGAAGGGAAGAUGACGCCGUGUUAAAAAUCUGUUGUGCACCCAAACAAAACGACAAACCCUGUGCCGAUUCCGAGAGGGUACAGAAAUGGCGAAUGUCUUUGGCAUCCCUAUUAUUUUUCACUGUCCUUCUCUCUGAUCACCUCUGGCUGUGUGCUGGAGUUAAACUAAGGUCCAAGGAUAGGAGCAACCGCAAAAUCUGGAGUAACGCGACUGACGGGGUCCACCCGGCUCUAAAUGAGGAGAAAAUUGGUAUUUUUCUAAGCAAUUUCACCAAAUCCGCUGCUCCAAGUCCUCAUUGCACUGAUUCUCAUAGCCACCACACUCACCUGGAGUCAGCCUGCACCACGUUGUAUCAGCAAAAAAAUGGCUUUGGGUCCUCUUUCUCAACUCCAUCAACGUUCUCGUCACAGAUGUUACUUGAUUAUUUUAGGAAUUUCAGCCUUUCUUUUUGUGAUUCUUACACCAUCUCCGACUUACUGUUGGGGAUGUCAAGCCCAGACAGUUUGAAUUGCAGUCUUCAGAACAUGGUUUUGGAUUUGUUUAGAGGCGGUGGGGAUGACGAGGAUGUCUGCAGCAUCUGUAUCCAGGCGUACAUGCGGCUGGACCAACACGCUCAGGAAAAAUAUGAAGAGUUUGACUUCUUCUUUCUCAAGUAUUUAUCGGAGGAUUAUUCCGUCCGAUCCCACACAGAAGACUGUAAGUCAGUCUACAAAGCCUGGUUAUGCUCAGAAUACUUCAACGCCACCCAGAGCCAGUGUCAACACAGGAUUCCCUGCAAGCAAUAUUGUCUGGAGGUCCAGACCAUGUGCCCCUUUGUGUUACCAGACAAUGACGACUUGGUCUACGGAGGACUAUCCAGUUUCAUCUGUACAGGGCUACUAGAAAACCAUUUAACCAAUGCAGACCCAGAGUGUUGUGAUGUCAGAUGGAGUGGCUGCGACCCCUCUGUGGGGGCGGCGUGCGCCCUGACACAGCUUCCAGGGUCGUCGUCGUGGCAGCGGCGCAGCUCCCCGCCCGUGUCAGCUGCAUCGCGGCUGUGCAGCAGCAGACUAAGACUGUGUGUUCUGGUCCUCAUCCUGCUGCACACUGUCGUCUCCUUCUCCACUGUCCAGAGCAGUGGCGCUGUGGGCCUGGAGGCCAUGGUACCCCUGCCAUUGGAGGAGAGCUCUGCCCGAGAGGAGUGACUGAUUAUGAACAAGAGUUUCUACUGUUCCCUGCCUCCAGUCUACAGAGACCCCUUCCUUCACAGUACCUGAGGAGUGAGGCGUUUAUAACCCUCUCUCUCCAUCCAGUCCCCUCCACAGGACAUCAGGAAUUAGGAGGUUAUACACCGCUCCAGGGCAGGCUACAGGUCGGUAUACCUCCUCACCCUCCACCACACUGGAGGAGUGGCGAAGCACGGGCCCUCCCCUACCUCGACACAGAGAGGUAUGGAGGUGGAUGAGGUUUCGAAACUUAGAACCAGACAUGUCUCACAUGUAAGGAGGACAUGAAAGGGCAUAGGGAAAGAGAGGCGGGUCUCCUAUCAUGCCAGGGCCCAGAGGAAGCGUCGAUUUUAUAACUGAAAGAGGUACUGUAUGCUGUUUAUGAGAAGGGUUUGGGUACAAAUGGCCUUUUUCAAGUUUUAUCACUACUCUAUUUAAUGAGUUGAGUGAUGUUUUUGGGGAUUUACGUAUGAGGUUGGGUGUUGAGUUUGUGAAGUGGGGAAAAGUAUGAGUUGCAGGCUCGUAUGCUAUUUUUUUUUUAUGUGUGUGUGUGUGUGUGUGUGUGUGUGUGUGUGUGUGUGUGUGUGUGUGUGUGUGUGUGUGUGUGUGUGUGUGUGUGUGUGUGUGUGUGUGUGUGUGUGUGUGUGUGUGUGUGAAUACAGUGAAGAAGUCAGCAAUAUAAUGUAUAUGACCCAACACAAAUUAGAUGACCAUUACAUCUUCCAAGCUAACAGAAUACGCACAACAAAUACUUUGUUUGACUCAGAGUAAAUAUUAUUCUUAUUCUCAGUACAACUACCCUCAUUAUCAUACACCAAGUAGAAUCAGUUCAUGCAAGUAUUGGAUUACAGAUCCUAAUCAAAGGUAAACCAUGUUGUUUUUGAUAGAUGUCAGAAGUACACUACUAAUGCUGUGGAGGAACAUGUGUUUAUGCAAAGCUGAUUGAAAGGAGUUGAAACCCCCACUGGGUCUCUAAUCGCUUACAGAAGGCACAUGAUUGUGCAAUGGAAGACUGUCUGUGUUAUAACUACACCAAUCAUUUCUUACUCAUAAAACAGACAAUUUACCACGUAUUACACAUAACAAAGACCCAGAGUGAUAAUUGGAGCAGAAUGUUAUCAUGGCUGAAUGUCUAAGAAAUGUUCAAGAUGUGAAUGCAUCGCGUCAUCAAAAAACUGAGGCAUGUGUCUUUGCCCUCAAUGUCUUCUUGUGUGUUCAUUACAUUCAUGGUGAAAUACAGUGAGUACAGUAUUUGGAAAGAACCAAAACUUUAUAAAUAUACUUCUAAAUAUUAGAGAUAUAGAAAAAGAUCCACCUUGAUUUAUUCAUAGGCAAUCUGUUGGAAAAAAGCGGUUUUGUUAUUUGUAAAGACAAGCUAGAGCAUGAUUAUAUAAAUGGUUCUCAUAUGUUUCUGAUUUCUUGGAUUGAAUACUUCUGACCUCUUUUCCUGGCAUAAUUUGUGUAUUAUUCUUACAAAUAGCUGGUUAAAUUUGGGCUUGUAUUUGGGAAGCUGAAAUAAAAUAACUGUCUUCCAACGUGACAAAUUGAUUCACAAAUAGGAAUUGUGAAUAAUUUUUUAUCUUACAAAGUAUUCCUGUGUUCACCUACCAAACAGAUACUGUAUGUGACCUUGGUCUACCAGAAUACAGGCAUAUUGUUUAUGUCCUAACAAAACUAUCAUAACUAUUUUACUAUUGAAAAACUAUAUCAUAGCACAGGUUUUUACAGAGUAUAGUAUACAGUAUGUGUAUGAAUUUAACUUGGAUUUGAAUGUCUGAGUGUUUUAGUAAUAUGAACAAAUCAGAGAUCUAUGAGAUGCAUGAGAUUCAGAUUAUUUAUUUAUCUAAAAUAAAAUAUAUUAUAAACUUGGUGGUUCGAGCCCUGAAUGCUGAUUGGUUGAAAGCCGUGGUAUAUCAGACUGUAUACCACAAUAUGCCCCCAAAAAUAUUUGUACUGUUCUAAUUACGUUGGUAACCAGUUUAUAAUAGCAAUAAGGCAACUCUGGUGUUUGUGGUACAUGGCCAAUAUACCACGGCUAAAGGCUAUAUCCAGGCCCUAAGAACAGCCCUUAGCCGUGGUAUAUUGGCUAUAUACCACACCCACUCGUGCCUUAUUGCUUAAUUAUAUCACUGUAGCCUUUAAUGCCCACAAUGAAUUAGUAAGAACUAAUCUCAUGUCAGUCUGAUGAACUGCUAGUUUCUUUUGCUAAAAGUGCAAUAUUUUGUUUUCGACAGCCUGUGUUGUUUAAUUUAAUAUCUAGCGGACAUUGUCGGCAUGCUGAUUAUAAACUGGUUUAAGAUGCCAAACACUCUAAAAGAGACAACCAUGUUGAUAACUGCAAUUUGGGAUUGGAAAUCUUGCCUGCCUUAUAUGACUAACGUGUAUAACAUUGUAUGGUCUCUCCAUUUCCAAAAAGGUCACUUGUACCCUUCUCUCUCCUAUGUCAGUCAUGGCUGUUGCUUAUCCGUUAGAAUGUAAAAGAAUGGUACCUCAAUCAGAGAAGGGAAAAGGGGUAUAAAUCUACACUGGUGUCCUAAGCCUGUAUGCUGUGAGGGGACUACUUCUUAUGCCAUUUUAUACACUGUGCUUUAAUGUUUAGAACUUUUUGCACUAGUUCUAAUAACUUUGUUUUCCUGAGAUUUGUUUUAAAACUGUGCUUACUAAUUCCGUUCUAAAACAAAUAUUAUCCCAUAUCUGUGUUUCUAGUUGUAUAUGUAAUCUGUUUUCUGUUUCUAUUGUAUUUUGGGCGGAGCAGUGCUCACUGUUAAAGCCCAAUAAAGUAAUACAAUUGUUCAUUAA